UGUUGUUGAGUGAUGAAAUCCAUGCUUUGGCUGGUGCCUUGGUGCUUUCUUUUACUUCAUGUUUUUGGAGAUAUAUGAUUUUUGAAAUUUUUAUUUGUGUAUAGAGAAUCAGAACCAAAUUCAUGGGAAGACACCAUGAGAGACGAAUUGGAUCGCCAAAAAUAUCCCCGUAUGCCAUGGCAUGAUGUCCAUUGUGCUAUCUGGGGACCUCCCUGUGGUGACGUUGCUCGACACUUUGUUCAACGUUGGAAUCAUGCUAAGAGAACUAAAGCUCCAAACGAACAUGAAAUUCCUCUACUUAUGCCUCACCAUCAAAUGGUCAUCCCACAUUACAUGGGAAAAAGCAAAGAGAUUGAUGUUGAUGGAAAGAAGGAAGAAGACAACGAGAAAGAAAUUGACAGGCGCAGGAUUCAUUCUCCUCACAAUCUCCAUUGCAAGAUAUACCGCUACUUCUACCUCAAGAAGCUGAUGGAGCAAUGACUUCAAGUGGAGAUUAUAGAAAUUCCAGCGAAAGUUCUCCAUUACUGUCCCAAAAUCUGGAAAGUGAAACUUUAGUUCCAGAUAACCAGAAGAAAGGAUUUCAAGAUCAAGCUGAUUCUUUUGACUUGAGGGCUCAAUACAUUGUUGAUGCUGUAGAUGAUUGGUGGGAAACACCAGAAGGUACCGAUGAUGCCACUACUUUGGAAUAUGGAGAAGUUGGUCGACGUACCACCUGUCA